CAUGCACUCAACUUCAGCACAGAUCUGUUUUAAAAGGCUGGAGUGAAGAGCACGGGCAGUGAAAAUUAAAAAGAAAAAAAAAAAAAAAAAAAAACAGGGUUCAAAUGAAGGAAUGAAGGGAGAAAAGUUCAGGUAGAUAGGAAAGACAAAAGACAAGAAACUAAAAGGAAAGGAGAUAAAAGUGUAGAAAAAGUCAGAGGUGAGAGACAACCAGGGAGUGGAGAGAUAAAUACAGUUUAAAGAGAAUGGGCUGCCUGGUGAGCAGUGCUGCUACUUUUUUCUCUGUAUCCUUGUUGGCUUUGCUUUUUGGAGUUUCCGGUGUUUUUAGCCAGGACCUGAGAGAGAGGGAUGCACUGUGCAAUGAAGAAGGCUGCUUUGUGGUUUACUUUCAACGCAAGACCUUUCUGGACUCAUGGAGGGCUUGCAAAGACAAAGGGGGCAACCUAGCAACCAUCAAACGGAAGGAUGACGCCAACAUCAUUGCCAGUCUUUUCUCCACCGUGGACCUGCGACACUCACGCACUAAAGUUCAAGUAUGGAUCGGACUCCAACGCCAACCACGCCAGUGCACAUCUACUCGUCCACUUCGGGGUUUCUCGUGGACUACAGGUGAUCAGGAUACAGACUAUACAAACUGGCAGAAAGAGGACUCCCCUAGUAGUUGUUCGGUACCACGCUGUGUGGUUAUGGGCUACAAUACUCAGGAACCGACUGAUAACUUUAAAUGGUUGGAUGGUUCCUGCUCGGUACCUGUUGAUGGGUACCUUUGCUACUACAACUACAGACAAAUGUGUCCUGCUUUGUUGAGUGAAGGUGCAGGAAAUGCCCUCUACACCACACCGUUUAACCUUCUAAGCACACUGCUGACUCACAUACCUUUCGGAUCAGUUGCUACCGUACCUUGUCCUUCAGGUACUAAGGAGGAACAGUCGGUUCUGUGUAUGUUAAAAGACGACGGUACAGCGGGGUGGUCAAGAGACCCCCCCCUCUGCUCCAGCCCUCCAGUACAGCACAACUGGUGUGAUGAAGGUAAUGGGGGAUGUGAGCAUUUCUGCAGACAGGCCGGUGGGCACUUUUACUGUGAAUGUGCCGGCGGUUACCACCUCGGAGAAGAUGGACAAAGUUGUGAACUGGUAGAUGUUUGUCAAGGGGCACCCUGUGAAUUUGAGUGUUUGCCCCUUUCGGACGGAUACCGUUGCGCCUGCCCUGAUGGAUACAUGCUUGCACCAGAUGAACGUGGCUGUUUGGAUGUAGAUGAGUGUCUUCAGAGUCCUUGUGAGCAGCUUUGCGUGAACGCUCCGGGGACCUUUGAAUGCCGAUGUCGGGAGGGCUAUCAUUUAGAUGAAGUGAGUGAAUGUGAGGAUAUAGAUGAGUGCAUAAAUGACCCCUGUGAGCAUGCUUGUGAAAACACACCGGGUUCUCAUAUAUGCCACUGCCAUCUGGGUUUCUCCCCGCUGCCGGAGGACCCCAGCCGAUGCCAAGACAUAGAUGAGUGCCAGAUCGCUGGGAUCUGUGAGCAGAUGUGUGCGAAUUAUGAGGGCGGUUUUGAGUGCUACUGUAAGGAAGGCUACGAGCUCAUGUCUGAUUUCUUUUCCUGUCGAAAGAUCGGCGAAGAGGAUGACCAGUCUGUUGUCACUCCUCCUUUUCUGUGGGUCACUCGCCAGCCCGGACCGGUCUGGGAUCCUGCGGACUAUGUCUGGAACCCGCAGGAGGACCACACUGACUGGACACCGGAGUUUGAGCAACCUCUGGACUGGCUUACUGACCCUCCCAGAGUUUUGGAUUCUGAUGUAAUUUGGGUCACCAGUGCCCCUCAGGAGGAACUACCCUUUGAUUCAGUUCUAAACCUUCCAACAGAGGCCACCACAGAAAAAGAAGAACAUGUAGGUAACCAAGAAGUAGACUGGUUGGAGUGGGGGCAGACACAUCCAGUUCAGACUGAACUGGAGACUUUUCCAACCACACUCCCUACUACAUCUCCAUCUACGACUAGCUUCACAACAGACUGGUAUGAUGCUGAAGUAGAGGACGAAGAGGAGGAGGAGGAGGAGACCACCACAGCUCUCCCUUUUCUUUCAACUUCUACAAUCUCUGAGGGAGCUUGGAAUUGGUGGGCUGAACUCAUCACUACGAGCCAGAAACCAGGAAAUCCAGCGGAUUCAGUCACGGACCUCCACAUUCCUACUGCAUCUAGCUACCACAAUGAGGCAGAGGAAGACCACUACCCCCUUAGGGAGACCUCCGAACUCCCAGAGGAGGAGUUGAGGGAAAUGGAAGAUAACUUUGAGGAGAUCACACAGUCCCAUGACCCAGCUGUUCCCACCAAAUUUACCCCUUCCCAGACCUCCCCGAAUGUGGGUGUAGCGAGCGGUGACAGUCUGGAUUCGGUCCAGAACAACAGGGAGGAGAAACAGAGCAGCACUUGGCUUCUGGUGGGCCUCCUGGUACCCAUCUGUAUUUUUGUCGUGGUGAUGGUGGCGCUAGGUAUCGUCUACUGUACCCGCUGUGCCGUCCAGCCACGCAACAAGAACGCCACUGACUGCUACCACUGGAUCUCUGGGGCUCAUGAUAAACAAGGAGUUCCUAACCCUUCAGCAGGGGUCAAGACCCAUGUUUAAACAGAGAGGAGAGGAAGUGACAUUUACAUAAAUAGUGUGUUUCAGAGGUAAGCAGGGGUGAGUAAUGAGCCUGGUAUGGGAUUUUUCCUUACCCUCUGUGAGUAUGGAAUGGCCCACACUUUGAACACAUUUGGAUUUUACUGUUGAAUAUCAAACAGACUGAGGUGGACAUGGGACACUGAAAACCACUGACCUCUUCUGGGACGGGGUUUGUUAUGUGGUAAAAAAAAAAAAAAAAA